AUGAGAGCAUUGACGAAGUAUGCUCCCAGACACGCUUCGUCAUUACGUGACUGGAAACACAUCUCCAACUUGACCUUAGCGGAUGACGAUCCGACUGGAUCAACUCCUAUUGACCUCAUUAUUGGAGCUGAUUUGUAUAGCAAGGUUCUUGUCAAUAUACGCAAUGGACCCAUAGGUCAACCAGACGCUAUACAAUCGCAUUUCGGGUGGAUUCUAUCUGGACCUACGUCAAUCCCUAAUGUCAUACAAAACACCCAUGUAGUCGGCUCUACUUUGGUUUCAUCGCAUGUCGGAGCCCAACCUCAAGGCUCACCAUUACCCAGUUCACAACAAAGGUAUCAUGCAGUUGCUCACUGCUGCUCCUUGGAACGGCAAUUAUCUCAUAGAGUAGCCGAAAUUCAGACACGAUUACCAACCGGUAGUUGGCAUCACGUAAACACCAGUGAAAACCCCGCAGACUGUGCUUCGCGCGGAUUACUCGGCCGAGAUUUGAUAUCCAUCAACCUAUGGUGGCAUGGGCCGUCAUGGUUGCAUCUUCAUUCUGAUGAGUGGCCUCAUCAAAUUCUAUCAGAGCACCACGAAACUCAGUUGGAACUGAAGGCAUGUGAAGCUCAUCAAAACAGUACUCGUGAAGACUGGAGUCUUGCUGCACGGUAUUCAUGGUGGCCAAAAUUGAUACGCGUCACUGCAUAUAUAUACCGAUUCAUAAACAAAUGUCAACGGAAGCACGCGGCAGAUCACAAAGAUCACGUCCGGUCCCACGCCAUUACAGCAUUUGAGUACAUGCAGUCUCGUAACUUUUGGUUGCAUAUGAUUCAAGCAGAGGUGUUCAAGCAAGAACUUUACUUACUCAAGUCAAACAAGAGGUUAUCAAGAAACAGCGCUCUGAUAUCAUUAAAUCCAUUCCUAGACGCAAAUGGUCUACUCCGCGUUGGCGGAAGAUUGGAGCAUUCUCAUCUACCAUUUCAAUCCAAACAUCCAGUUCUACUAGCUGAUCAUCCAAUUACUACAAUGCUCAUUCGCUACACGCACAUAGCCUCGCUGCACGCCGGUCUUCAGUCUACCCUGUCUAAAAUUCGCCAAGAAUUUUGGAUUAUAAAAUCUAGGCCUUUAGUUAAAUCAGUUAUCUACAGGUGCGUUCGAUGCACGCGAGAAAGAGCUCAGGUAGCCAAUCAGUUAAUGGGUCAACUCCCAUCAACUCGAGUCUCAACGCCAACGAGGGCGUUUUUGCACAGCGGCAUCGAUUAUGCCGGUCCAGUGCUCAUUCGAGCCUCUGCUGGUCGAGGAAUCACCUCACGAAAGGCUUACAUAGCCGUUUUCAUAUGUUUGGCAACUCGAGCCAUUCAUCUCGAGUUGGUCAGCGAUUAUUCAACGCCAGCAUUUUUGAACGCAUUUCAACGAUUUUGCGCCAGACGAGGCUUGCCAGCAGUUAUGUAUUCGGAUAACGGUACAACAUUCACAGGAGCCGAUAAAGAGCUAUCCCGCGCGUAUCGGGAUGCUCAACGCAAUACGGAUUUUCUCAAUUUAAUCGCAACAGAUAGGAUCACUUGGAGUUUCAUCCCGCCUCAUGCUCCUCAUUUUGGAGGACUAUGGGAGGCAGGAGUGAAGAGUGUCAAACACCACCUUCGUCGAAUUGUAAGCUCACACGCAUUGACAUUUGAGGAGUUCACGACAGUGUUGUGCAAAAUUGAGGCUAUCCUCAACUCAAGGCCGCUUUCUCCACUCAAUGAUACUCCAGAUGACUACGAGUUCCUGACCCCAGGUCACCUUUUGAUUGGGACUGCCAUUACUACGAAUCCGGAACCUUCCGUUCUACAAUUGAACGAAAACAGAUUGUCGCGAUG